GAGUAGAAAUGAAGAAAGUAUAGUAACGUAGGUAGGAUUAUGGAGAAGAGAGGGAGUAUAAUGGGAGUGAUUUUAUUAGCACUCUUGCUAAUUACAUCAUCCUUGUUAUUGCAAGCCGAAGCUGCUCGAUCUCACCCAAAGCAUAUACAUCACCUUCUUACCGCCACAAAACAAGACAAUGAACCAGAAAAGAGUAGACGCAUCACCGUCCUCGGCGGAACGAUUGGCCGAAGAAGGUGCCGCCGCCGUGGCAUUAUUGGCGGCGCCAGGUUCAGGCCAUGCCGCUCGCCGCUGUUACCUCUUAUUCCAUCGCCUCCGCCGCCCUUCUUUCACUUGCCUCCUCUGCCGCCGACAAUAAUCUUUCCGCCACCUCUGCUCCUCUCCCCACCGCCACACAACCGACCAAAUAAACCUGUCUUCCCGUGGGUAGCUCCAGCCAUCCCGCGCUUACCAGCGGCGCCGCCUCCGCCGCCGACAAUAAUCUUUCCGCCACCUCUGGUCCUCUCCCCGCCGCCACAAAAUCAACCAAAACCUGUCAUCCCGUGGGUAGCUCCAACCAUCCCGCCGCUUGUCCCCGUGUUCACUGACCCGCCGCCAUUCUUUUCAGUUUCGCCGCCGGUUCCAGACUUCGCGCCGCCAGAUUUCUCUGCACCGGCGCCGCCACUUGUCCCCAUAUUUUCACCCCCACAAGAAUAGCUGCAUGCAACUCCUCCUGGAUUUACCUCAAGCUAAGCUAAGGUUAUUCUUUUGUUAUGGCAGUAUUGAAGCCCUUUUGUGGGGCAGAAUAAUGGAACCCGGAAUUGUGUUUUCACUGAUCUAUAACUUAUUUAGAUUGAUAUACAAUUGUACUAUUCUAGCUUUUUUUACAUCCAAAAUUGUUCGAGUGAAAUUCUUGAAUUGAAGUUAUC